AUGGCUGCAUCUACACCAGUAGAAAAGCAGGCUCCCAUCACCGAAACCGCUGACCCGAGGUCGUCCCACGGCUUGAAGUCACCACCGCCACAUCAUGGCUCACACGAAGACCAUCCGUUCAGCGACCCGGCAACGGCUCAGCGCUGGCGUCAAAUAUACGAUGACGCCGAGUACGAAGGACGUCAUCGGUUCGACCCGACGUAUACAUGGGGAGCUGAAGAAGAGAAACGUCUAGUCAAAAAGCUGGACUGGCGAAUAGCUCUCUGGGCAUGGAUCAUGUUCAUAUCGAUGGAGUUGAAUCGAAGAAAUAUCAAUCGAGCGAUCUCAGACAAUUUGCUGAGAGACCUAGGCAUGAAUACAAACGACUAUAACUAUGGUCAGACUAUCUUUCUCGCUUCUUUCCUCUUUGCCGAACUUCCCAGUGGCCUGAUUAGCAAGAAGCUGGGUGCUGAUCGGUGGAUCCCUACUAUCAUCUGUAUAUGGUCCAUUGUCAGCGCCUCACAAUGCGCCAUGAAGACGAAAGCCCACUACUUCGCCAUUCGAUGCAUCCUUGGUCUACUCAUGGGCGGCUUCAUCCCAGAUAUCGUCCUCUGGCUAACGUACUUCUACAAAUCCACUGAACUUCCGCACCGGUUAGCGUGGUUCUGGACUGCGCUGAGCACUUGCAAUAUCGUCGGCUCGCUGCUUGCAGCAGGUAUAUUGCAGAUGCGAGGUCUCCAUGGCUGGGGAGGUUGGCAGUAUCUGUUCUUAAUCGAAGGCAUCAUGACUCUAGCCAUCGGCAUCCUCUCAUUUGGCCUCAUGCCCCCUGGCGCCUGCCAAACGCAACACUGGUUCCGCGGCAAAAACGGCUGGUUCACCCCACACGAAGAGUACAUUCUCGUCAACCGCAUCCUCCGCGACGACCCCUCCAAAGGCGACAUGAACAACCGCCAAGCAGUCGGUCUCCCACUCCUCUGGAAAGCAGCAUGCGACUGGGAACAAUGGCCCCUCUACAUCAUUGGCCUGACCGCCUAUGUCCCACCUAACCCGCCGCAAAACUACCUCUCAUACAUCCUGCGCCAGCUCGGCUUCUCCGUCUUCGAAGCCAACUUACUCGCCAUACCCAGCCAGUUCCUCUACGCCAUCCAACUCCUCGCCGUGACCUGGCUAUCCGAAAAGUUCAAAGAACGCUCCAUGAUAUCCAGUCUAUCCAACAUCUGGAUCUUCCCCUGGCUCGUCGCUCUUGUCGUUCUGCCCGCAGACGCAAAUCCCUGGGUCAGAUACGCGCUCCUCACAGGUCUACUGUCCUAUCCGUACUGCCACGCCAUCCUCGUGAGUUGGAACGCGAAGAACUCGAAUUCUGUCCGUACACGCGCCGUCUCCGCGGCUUUCUACAACAUGUUUGUGCAGUCGGGCAAUAUCAUUGCUACUAAUAUUUAUCGCGAUGAUGAUCAGCCGUUGUACCGCAGGGGAAAUAGGAUACUGCUUGGUAUCUGUGUGUAUAACGUUUUCUUGUUCUAUGCGGUGAAGGCGUUUUACAUUUGGAGGAAUCGCGUAAGAGAUGAGCAAUGGAAAGCUAUGACCAAGGAAGAGCAAGAGGAUUAUGUUUUCAAUACCAAGGAUGAGGGGAUGAAGAGGUUAGACUUCAGGUUUUCCCACUGA